CGGCCACCGGCGACCAUUCCCACUCUGGAAGCCCCGCGUCCGGAGCGGAGCUGGCCAAAGCGGAGUGGCCGCCUCCAGCCCACGUUGGCGUUGGCGUUUGACCCAUCCUCAGCUCCGAAUCCUUUUUUUAUUGUUGUGUUGAUAAUCAACCAUUCAGACUGUUUCGUUUCGAUCGACGUCUUUCUUUCUUCUUCUUUCUUUCUUUGUUAUAAAAUAGAGCACAUCACCCCGUCGGUAUCCGUCGUCUUGCAUCGCCAUUUCACGCCUUGAUAUAACCACCAGCUUCAGCGCCCUUCACAUCACAUUACAACACCGGUAACCAUGGGUUCGCAACCAGACUACACACAUCCUCCGCAGCAAGUCUCCUUUGACGGAUUCCUCUUCGACAUGGACGGCACCAUUAUCGAUUCUACGCCUGCCAUUGUCAAGCACUGGCACAAAAUCGGCAAUGAAAUCGGUGUUCCGGCCGAAACCAUCCUCAAGACCUCUCAUGGUCGCCGAAGUGUCGAUGUCCUCAAGAUUCUCGCCCCCGAAAAGGCAAACUGGGAGUACGUUUGCCGCUUAGAAGGCGAAAUCCCAAUCCUAUAUGGCGACGAUGCUACAGAAAUCCCCGGUGCCCGCUGUCUUCUCGACGCACUGAUUGAAAAGUCUAGCCCCUGGGCCAUUGUCACAUCCGGCACAAAGCCCCUCGUUACAGGCUGGCUCAACGUGCUCAAGCUCGCCAAACCAGAACACCUCGUCACUGCGGAGUCCGUUGAGAAUGGCAAGCCGGAUCCUACUUGCUACAUCAUGGGUCUGGAGAAGCUCGGUCUUACAGACAAAGCUGCCGAUGUACUUGUUCUCGAAGACAGCCCAGCUGGUAUCAGAGCAGGCAAGGCAGCUGGCUGCAAAGUCAUUGGCCUUGUCACAAGUCACACUGUUGAGCAGGUCGUAGAAGCUGGCCCUGAUUGGGUAGUUAAGGACCUCGAUUCAGUCAAGGUCAUUGCUGCCGAAGGUGGCAAGACAACGUUGGAGAUUAGCAACGCCCUGCGCGUAUAAAGCGGGAACGGCAUCUUUCCUAUUCUUUGUUUUUCAGUUUGUUCUUAAAGCUACAGGUUGCACAACAGCAUAUCAUAGAUCAUACAUAUUAAGAGGGUAGGGCAACCAUGGCCCUCCCACACGCUUCAAUAGACUCACUUAGCGUACUAACAAAGGGUUGGUGUCAUGUGGUGUUUGAAGGUGUAUCGCACCAUCCUUUUUUUCUGCAUAUUAAUUUCCGACUUUUGCUCCUUUAGUAUCCCUUGCACCGUCUCCAUCGUAAACAAAUCUUUGCUGCGAAACGCCAUCGAUCCUUGAUGGUCUUCAACGCGUCUGUCAUCCCUGCUCUCCCUUGCGCCGGCCAGCCCUAGAUAUCCUCUCCCUCGACAACCAGCAAAGCCGCUCAACAAGAUUACCAUUAACCUCAUGUGACGUCCUACAUUGACACUAAAAUCAGAUUUAGCGUCUCCCUAAGGCUAAUUCGUUGUUCGUUGUCGUGUUCAUCUGAAACAGCAGCGCAGCCUGAGAUCAGCAGCUCGGACGAUGCAGCUCUUUAAUGACGCGUUCUUUCGCUGGUAGGACCGCGUAACGAUGGAAAUUAAUUCUAUCUUCAAGCGCUAGAUCAGCUCUAUGUUCAGCUGGAGCCUCCCUGGUUGUUCUGUCGACCAGUUUCUAUUCCCACACCUUCGUUGACAAGGGUAAUCGUGCGUGCAUGAUGCUGCCGAACUUGUCCAGCCGACGUCACACGACUUGUAAGAACCACCGGUGUAGUUGUCCGAUUGUGGACUCUAUACAGUCCAUACACAGUAGGCAGAGAAUCUGCGUGUAC